UGUCAAAAAGUGCACUUUAUUUUUUACCACAGAGCUGGUUUGAACUCUCAACCAUCCAUGCUGACCCAGCCAAGAUCACAUGAUCAAUUCUCAAACUGUCAAGCAGCUUUACCGUUAGGCUACAUUGCCUUGUAUACGGUUGACUAUGUGUAUCAGGCUCACUGUCACGCAGCUAUUACCUUAUUGUCCGCUAUCGAGAGUGUGGUUUUUGGUCCGGUCAACUUCCAAGGUAUGCGAGCGGAUGAUUUCGGAAACACGCAGCCAUCCCUCCCCGACAUCCUAUCCUCUGAUCUGUUCAUGGACUCGGACCCUUAUGAUGCAGAUGCUUUGGACCAUGGUUCAUUUGACGAGUCGCAGCCUCCAUCCACUCGUGUCCCAAACCCAGAGGGCAGAAAUCAACAUGGAGAAUGUCCUCCAAAAAAUGAUCAAUUCAUCCAGAACAUCCUUGCCCAGUACCACCACGACAACAUCACAAAUCGGAAAAAGAUCAGCCGCCUUCUCAAGGCUGAGCAUGGCAUAACUAUGAGGCAAUUUGGACUUCUAGGAAGCAACCAGUCGACACACUCACUGCCCAAUUCAACUAAGCGGCAGUUGGUACUCGACCAACUUGCGCAAGAUCCCCUUCACCGUCGUGGGCCACGCUUAGUCCGGGAAGCCAUAGUGGCCGACACGGGAAAUCUGCUGACAAGGCGACACGAGCCUGAUGGAUUUGCCCAGCGGGAACCUUCAAGGAAGAAGACCUCUCGACAGCCGCUGGUUUCGCUUGGACCACAUCAUCAAUGGAGCGGUGAUGGGCACAACAAAUUGAGCAAGAUAGGGUUUCCCAUAUGGGCCAUCCGUGAUCAGUGGUCUGGAAAAUGGUUGGGAAUGUGGGUAGUUCCGAACAAUCGUCUUAAGACGACGAUCGCCUACCUCUACUUAUCUCUUGUCUACGAGAUUGGUGGAAUGCCACUUCAAAUGACAACUGACUGUGGAAGCGAGACAACUGAAGUGUACGGUUUUGCCAAUGCAUUAAGAGUGUUCACAACAUCACGAUUGAGCGUGGCUGGCUUCGCGUGCGAGUCCAAUGGGGAGACAAUGUGA